GUUCACACGAUAGAGAGACAUGUUUCGAAUAUGUAACUACAUGCUGAAGUCGAUCGGUUUAUUGUUUUGGUCUCAAAUUGUGGGAGCCAGUUAAAGCAAAGUCAUCUCGAAAAAAACACGUUUAAAGUUUCAUGUACUAUUCAAUCAUAUCUCUCUAAUACUCACGUAAGUUUCAGCCUAAUCGGCAAUUUCAAGCCCAUAUAAUGAAUUCUUCUCGACUUCAUGAAACUCUUUUUUACAUUCCUAGGUUUCGUAGGAUUGUUUCUACAGUGCAGUUGUAUAACGAAACUUUGAAAGACCCAGUGAGCGCUCUGAUUUGGACUUGUGCGCCGCUUCGAAUAAUAGACAGGAUUCCCCUCUUAAUUGCGUGUGCCAACCGCAAAACUGGAAGAACGAGACUCGGACCAAAGCUUCAGACCAAAGAGAAACACGAAGCUACGCUACAAGACGCCCAAAGCGACAAGCGUCAUGGAAAGUCCGAAACGAAAUCGCCCCCGCGAGGACGAUCGCAGUGUUUCCUCGCGCGCGCGGAGAGGGCACGUCGGAAGACCGUCGGAGGAGUGCCGUAUCCUCGGCGAACUGGGGCGAUGUGUGGUCAUCGUCGGGUCACACGGGUCCUCAGGACGUGGUCCAAGAGGACAGGAUCCGCAUCCGCGGCGCUCGCGCUUCGAGGCCGUCGCUGGGCGAGCGCGAGCGGGACGAACCGAGGAGGAUGGUUGUUAGCGGAGGCAGCGAGCAUGCAUUAACAGUACUCCGGACGGGCCGGUGGUUCUCUGGUUCCCUGCUUUCUGCGACGUCCCCUUCUCAGCGGAGAAGGCACCGAUGUGCCCGGCACACACCGGGGAGAAGGAGUCCUUCGCGUGGCCCGGCUCGAUGCACGCGCCUCAGUCCGUCGGGGACCUUCGUCAAAAUUGCAUCCCUCCCGUCUCUGGCGCGUCCUCCAGUUCGGGAGAGUGUCUCGAGUGUUUGCUAAACGCGUCUCGGGUUAACGAGAGGAGAGAGCGACGGCGGAAGAGACUGGCAGAGGCAGAGAGAAAGGAGCGCGAGAGCGAGCGAGAGAAAGAGAGCGCUUAGCGAGAUCAUGUGGAGGGUCCUGAUCGCGGGAUUUUGCACGGUUGCCGCCGCCGUUGCCCAGGAUUACGAGGUCUCGGACAUUCAGUGCAGCGGCGCAGGAUCGGCGGCCGAUCUGCUGACAGCGAAGAUCAAAAGGCCGGUCGGCUUCAGAGGCGCGCCGCUCUUCGCCGACGACAGAUCGGCGAAUCCGCUCGCCGACAUUCACUGCCAGAUCAGGCCGGACCCGAGCGAUCCGCAGGAGGAUAACUACUUCCUGAAGGUGACUGACUUCUCCCGAUGCGGCAUCCUCAAGAGAAAUGGAUUCAUCCACCUGCGGGUGUGGUUCCCGGCCUUCCCCGGCGUGGUGAUGCUGGCCGACCAGGAGCUGAUCCUGAUGUGCCGGCCGCCCGAGCCGACGCUGCUGAGGCACAAGGCUGCCGGCUUCGCCGGCACUUUUCCGCACGGCGCCCGGGUGUCCGGCGUGGUGGAGGAGACGCCGGGCCGGCUCGAGUACGAGGUGGCUCUUUAUCGCGAGGCCACCGGCAACGUGUCUGAUAGCUCGCAGACGGUCGAUCAGGCGGUACCAAUCGGCACGAAGCUGCAGCUGCGCGCCCGCAUCAGCCCGGACAGCGCUUGGGGCUACAUCAAGCUGCUGGAGGUGACGGUCAGCCCUGACCCGGACCAGCCCCAUGCUUCCGGCAGCGUCGUACUCGUAAAGGACGGCUGCAGGAACCGCGACUUUGCGUCCAUCAUCCCGCAUCAGCCGGCGAGGUACCGCGAGCGCAAGAACGAAGUCUUCCUCGACUUCGAGGCCUUCCUGCUCAGCUCGAUGAGGGAGCGCUCCACCCUCUGGAUCCACUCGCAGAUUAAGGCUUGCAUGGAGCCGCAGGACUGUCAACCGGAUUUCUGUCUCGAUCUGUUCGAGCCGUCGGGUCACGGGAAGAAGAGGAAAAGAGCGGUCGAGAUGGAAGCGUCGGGCGAGUUCCUCCCGAAAGUCGAGCGCUUGAUCAAGAGGUACAACGAUUCCACGCCAUACACGAAGUUCAAGGAGAACAUCGAGUACACGGUGAUGAUGCCAGAUGACCUGUACGACAAGGUGGCGGCCGGCCUUGAAGGCAGCUGCGGCAAUUUCCUCUACGUGGCGACAGGAUUGGGCGUUCUCCUCGUGUUAUCGGCCUUCAUCAUGUGCUACUUGGCGUCGCGUCUCCACGGCCUGUCGUCGUCGAUGCAGCAGAACAAGUCCAUCGACGAGCUGGUCAGAGAUCGCAGUAGAAAGUACUGCGACACCACGCCCGGUUAUACCGGCCGUUCGACCGUGCAAUAAAGGGAAGUGCACUUUUGAGAGGCGCGAAAGGACACUCGCGGACGGCGCGGGAGUACCCUUUCGCGAUUACAUCGCGGCGCGAUGCGUAACGUAUUGUAUCAGUUGACGUUACACAUCGCUUGCAUGGACACACUUUUCCUCCAUCGGAACUGGGACGACUGGUUCGGCUUGAGAAUCGGGGAGAUCGCCUCGAAGGGAGGCGAUAUCGCAGUUUACCGCUUGAUCGAGCAGCCGCUUGAUUCUCCAUUUGCAAAACGCGGAACACGUUAACUGAAAACAAGGAAAGAGGACAAGGAUAACGAGACGUAUAUGAUUUUCCGCUGCAGUAUCGUCCGUCCGACACGUUACACGCGCAUCACCGUUACUAAUUUAUCGCCAAGUGAUUCUCCGGGAAAUUCUCCGAAUAAGCGCUCGGACGAGGAGUGCGAACGAGGAAUGCCCACUGUGUCGAAUCGAAAAUGGAAUUCUCGUUGACGUAAGUUACGCCGCCGGCGACGGCGAAAGAGAGAAAUAAUAACCGCUUUUCCGCGAAAUAAUAAUCGAUCGAGCCGAACGAUCAAACGCGUGUGACGAAGCGAAGAUUGGUUGAUUACUCAUGAAGGAAAAAAGAGAAUCUUGCGCGAUCAGAGAUACGCCGAUAAAAUGACGUUCGCUAUUUUGCAAUGUAGAUACGAUAAUUCACAGUUAUGACAUACACGCAUUUACGAGGCUGCACCGCUUAACGCACAUUCUCUCAACAAAAACGUAGGCGCGACAUGAAAAAUCUUGUACGUUUCUCUCUCUCUCUCUCUCUC